AGCGUGGUUUUAAAAAAAGUCUCAUCUUCUGGUCGAAUUUGCCAUUUUCGUGAUUCUCCGCCUUACGAAACACGAUAUUUUAUGAUAACAAAUAGAUUCCAUCUAGCGAGCUAUUGAUAGACUAGAAGCUCACUGUUUCGUCUGCUGUGUUUCGAAAUGGAAAAACAUUAACACUAAAUAAUUGUGAUUCAAAAAUCUGUAUCUGUCCGACGUGGAUUCUUCCGAAGUUCCGAUCUUCACUCGACCACGCUUGAUCACGAACUGCCUUUAGUUUUGCAAAAAGAAAGGGGGGGUUACGUUUUGGAGACGAAAGACAAAGACAAAAGUGCGCCGUGGAGGAGGGGGGCGCCGUUGUCAGACAAUUAUUCAUCAGCUGUCAGAUUGUUUUUAUUCUGUUAAGAGAGGUGUUAAAUUAUCUUUCUGCAAAGAAUUUCAGACUGUGUGCAAGCGUGUGAUUAUUGUUCUAUAUUUUCUUGGAAAAUCAGAAGAAUCUUUUGACUGCAUUCGUGACAACUGAAAGUCUAAAUUUAUGUGUAUUUUUUUACAAGAAAAUAUAGAAAGGUUGAACAGUUGAAGAUAUUUCACCCACCAUGGAGGAAGAAGACACCCAUUACUGCCUUCGUUGCAGGGCAACAAUCAACGGUUUGGACAACUACAUUCAUCACCGAAGGCAAAAGUGUCAGUCCAACAAUUUCAUAACGAAACCACAAGAACAUGUGAUCCCCACUCAUACCUCUUACCUCAGCAUGGCAAGAAACAACAGUUCCUCGAGUCUCAGAAAUUAUCUUCAUGUGCCAUCCAAGAGUUCCAACAGGUCAGACCCAAUUCUUUCAUCAUCAUCCAAUCACGAGGUGGAAGAACGUUACAAGUCUCGCCAUGCCAGUGAAAAUCCGUUGGUGGCUGACCUAUCGGUUGAAAAUUCAGCCGACGACUUUAUGAGCCAUUUGGGACUGUGCAUGGUGUCGUCGACGACGUGGGCCAGCGAUAUUCAUUCGGAGGAACCACUACGGGCAGACGAUUUUUUCUCUUUGCUGGAACUCCAGAGCUGCAAAGGAACAGAAUCAGGACGGCGUCCCCGACGAUCGACAGAACCUCUUGUCGCUUCCACUGAGCGAUUGAAACCCGAAACCGAGACUAUGCAAAACACUGACGACCAACAACAUGACAACUCGACGUUCCCCCUUGGCGAAACAACUGAUCUCAAUUCCUCCCAUGACUCGGCCGGCAUUGAGAUGACGAGCAACGAAGAUAUGACUGAUCACUCUGCUCUAUUGGUCACCACUGACGUCACAUCGGCUUUCAGCAGUCCAGAAGUGGUCAACAAUUCGGAGGUUCCAGCAUGUAGCGGAAUGGAGGUCAGCCCUUCAAACGAGACAGACAUCCCAUCCAGCAGUGAUCUCAUUACCUCAACUCCGCAAUCAACAAAGCUACCUUACCCGUCACGAGGUAAGUGGAUGCCUGGUCUCAAGCCACGCGACAUUCACAAGGCCGGCUCUUCGGUAGAGUACGAUUGCAAGCCGUGCAAUCGUCGUUUGACGGGACGUGUUGUCUUUGAAAAACAUCUUCAAUCAGAGUUGCAUUUCAAACGAACCGCUCAACAGCUGGCGACCACCGACGGCUUAAAGUACGGCCUGAGACGGAGUAAACUGAACUCGACAUUACCAGUUGAAUGGGAAAUUGACGUCCUGCAAGAUGAAGAAGAUGUUGACGAUCCUUGGCGGAUCAAAAAACAAAAGAAUAAAGAAGAAAACAACGCGUGUCGUUGUCCCACCUGCUUGGUGUGGGUGCCUAAACCACUUUUCGGCAAGCAUUUGGUAUCGCGCUAUCACAUUUCUCGCUGUCGGAAGCAUCCAGAACGGGAUCGUUGCAUUUUGGAUCACAUCCACCUGAUUGUUCUAGAAGCGCCAUUUCAGUGCCGACUCUGUCGUUUCUUUUGUCACAGUCACGCUGAUCUACUGACUCAUUGGAAAAGUGCGGAACAUUCAGAAUGCGAUCUACAAGAUUCUUCUCGUCGUAGUGGCGGGACUUACUUUUGUAGCUUGUGCCAGGUCGGUCAGCUGGAUAACGACGCAAUGAAACUCCAUCUGGAAUCGGAGGGUCACCUCAAUUGUGUUGAAAUUGUCCACAAGUCGGUGGCGGUGGUAGUGAGCAAGUUGGAACCAUUACAGUGUCACCUGUGUAGUCCCCAACGCAAUCCAGUCAAUUUUCGUUAUCGAAUUGCUCUCAAUCAGCAUCUGACGUCAGAGCACGCUGUCCCUGCCAAAAUGUUGAACUGCGCACAAAGCUACGCUUGCGACCACUGUGAUUUCAAGACUACGUCCAAUUGGUCAUUUACUCAUCACCGUUUCAACUGUCAAGCGGCUCCCAGCGACGAGACUCGUUACCGAUGUUUGAUCUGUAGUCUGAGCUUCCCCACCAAGGACUCGUCUGUGAGACAUAGGUCAACCCAGGAGCACCGAGACAUGGCUACCAAAACGCGCGGCUCUUACGGCACCACCGUCCGGCUUCGAUCGUGUCCGCAUUGCUAUACUCAAUUCACUGAUUUGGCAAGUCUCAAGGAACAUUUUCUGUCGGAUCAUCCCGAUCUUCUUCCGCGCUGCAUCCGCUGCGGCACCACAUUUGCUUUAAAGCAGCAGCUUUCCGCUCACAGAAGGGCAGGUUGCCAGGCGACCGAGUCGUCGGAAUCCUUGGCCUUGGCUUGCGAUUCUUGUUCCUAUCGAUGUCGUCUCAAAGUGGAGCUUUUGUACCACCAGGCCGUCGAGCAUCCUAAACAAUUCGUAUCUGGAAAACCUUCGUCGGCGAUGGCGGAAACGUCGUCCGUUAAGUACCGAUGCCCCGAGUGCGAGCAACUCUACAGUUCCACGGCGGCGCUAAAGCUCCAUCUUCAGUCACACACUGGAGAGUUGGCCUUUCGAUGUCAUUUUUGCGGUCGUCAUUUUGAGCGGGAAGAAGAACGGCUGGCUCAUAUCCGACAAUUGCACGCGCCGCGUCUGACCAUCAAAGGCCAGUCGAUGACUGGACCGGAGGGAAGCAAACGAGCAAAAGGACGCAAGACCCACUCGACAUCGUCACGGGCUGGUGCCCAGCAUGUUCAUCUCGACGACGCGUGAUGAGCACCAAUACACGGAAUGGAGCGGCGGCGUGGCCUUUUCUCAAAUGCCCAGUUGCCUAUCUAGAACAAACUUGGAGGUGGAUCGGUCGUCGAGAGUUGUGUGUGGAGAUCCGGUCGCAUCCAUAUAUAUGUCUUACACAGGCCUCUCUCUCUCUCUCUCUUGUGUAUAGCUGGGCUGCCGGGAAUCGAUCGAUGGAUGUCGUAUGUCAGUCAAGUUUGGCGACGCCAUUCUGUUGGGCCUUAUUUCUUCAUCUUUUUUCUUUUAUUGGAGGAGGCAAGGGAUUUGCUCUGAUUUUCCAAAGAGAAAAGGACAACUGGGCAAGGAACUUCAAACGCAUAAAAGAGGCGGACGCCGGCCGUGUAUUCCCCAUGGAUUGUCAAUAGAUUUCAUUCCUCUCCA